AUGAAUGCCUUCCAUCCUUCUCCAUUGCUUUUCAUACUCUUUCUUCUCAUGCUCUUCCAAACAUGCAUCAUUGCCACCAGGAAGCCUUACAUUGUGUAUCUGGGAUCACUUUCUCAUGGUUCGAGUACCUCUUCGUUGCAUCAUCAACGUGUAACAGAGUCUCAUUAUAGUUUAUUGAAAUCAGUGUCGGGAAGCAAGAACAUAGCGGAAGAAGCAAUUUCUCACUCAUACAAUAGACACAUCAAUGGCUUUGCUGCCAUGCUUGAUGAAAACCAAGCAUCGGAACUUGCAAAAUUUUCAGAUGUCGUUUCAGUUUUUGAAUGUCAAGCAAGAACAUUGCACACGACAAGAUCAUGGAACUUUCUCGGAAUGGAAAAACAUGAAGGAAUUCCUUUGAACUCCAUUUGGAACGCCGCACGAUUUGGUGAUGAUACAAUCAUAGCUAACUUUGAUUCAGGUGUUUGGCCGGAAGCUAAGAGCUUUAGUGACGAAGGGUAUGGUCCUAUCCCCUCGAGGUGGAAGGGAACUUGUCAAAGUGAUUCAGACCCCAACUUCCNAUUUUAA